UCUAUUUUUAGAUUUGGUUUUUUUAGUUUUUGUUAUUCAACGACCAAACACAAUUGGCUAAUUCACUAAUUGCAAAUUUGCAAUCAUCAAAACUCUAACAACUCUUUUAGAGAUGGCCGUGGCCCGGGCCGGGCACACGUCAGGCCCCAUGUUGUUUUGUGCCGGGCCGGACCGAAACUUUAAAAAACAGGGCCCAGGCCUGGACCAAGCCCACAAACUUUCGGGUCGGCCCGCACCGUCGAACCUAAACCUAAUUUUACUAAAUUUAGCGUGCUUUGUCGUGUCGGGUCGAGUUCUAAAAUAAUUAUGUCAAACAUAUCUUUUUACAAUAAAGGCACAAUUAUUUACUGCCAUAUAAGCUUAGAGUAAUUACAGUUAGAGAAGAUUUGAACGGUGGCAGUGUCCGCACAUGGGAUUCAGCAUGAUAUUAUUUACUUCCUCGUCUUUUAAUACUCGCAACGUUUGGAUUUUUGCCACUAUUUAUAUAAUCUACUUUGACUAUUCGUAGUGUUUUUUUAUAUAAGAUAAAACAUAGUCAUGUGGGAUUUUGUUAGAUUCGUCUCAAUGUGUAUUUUCAAAAUAUCAACUUUUUAUAAUUUUUGCAUAAAGAGAAUUAAACAUUCGUCCGCUUAAGUACAAACAUCGACCAUAAUCAAAGUUGUGCAUCGGCAUGCGUGAAACUAACAAACGUUGCGAGUAUUAAAAGACGGAGGAAGUAUUUUUUUGACAGAUGAGCUGUAAGUAUAUAUAUUUUUUGGGAAAUUCUACAUGGUGACCUUAUAGUAUAGUCUUUUCUACUUGGCGGAAAUAAAUUAAUUUGACUUUCUGUAGUGACCUUGUAGUUUUAUAAAUAUCAUUAGAGUGCACUAAUUACGUAUUUAAAAGAUGACACAUGCUUAAAUAAGUGAUUUGACUAACCUACCCCUUAAUUUAAUCUUGAAUAACUCCCUCACUAUUUUAUUAACCCCCUCUAAAUUAACUCCUAAACGGCUAAACCCCAUAAAACAACUCCUAAACUAAUUAACCCUAACCCCGUAUUCGUCCUCCAUUCGCCCUUUCCAAAUUCAUCUUUGUGCAUCCCUUAUUCUCUUUCAAAUUCAAACUCAAUAUUCUCUGGUUUAAUUCUCUUUGAUAUUUCGUUGUUCUAGUAUGAUUUUUGCAAAUUGUCGCAAAUACAAACAAAAUAAGCGAAGUACAAUAUGAUUGAAAUUUAGGAUUUUUAUUGCGGGUACGUAGUUUCGGUCGAAGAUUUUGGGUUUUGAAGGAAAUUGGAAAGCAAUUACUGUAACUUUAAACAGAAAAUCAAGAAUGGAUCAAUUAGUGUUAAGAUUUCACUAUGUGGGUCAAGAAAGUGAUUUGAUAAUUGAUGAUGUUGAUAAGGUUAUGUGGAUUGAUUUGAUAAUAGAGUAUGAGGAAGGAUUUAGGAAAAAAGGGUAUCAAAUGCCAAAAUUUCCUAGUUUUCACUACUGCUAUAAUAUGAAGGAUGUAAUGCUUAAAACCGACAGUGACUUAAUGUCAAUGCUAGACAGGUUAAGUACAAAGAAGGUGAUAUAUGUGUAUGUAGGGUCAGUUGAUAAGCCCACUGAUUGUGUGACUGCUGCUAGGAAACUUAGUGAGACACUAAAAUAUAAGGAUAAGAUGCACAUUGGGAGUAGUCCACCUAGUAACAUAAACAUACCGGUUAACAAUGAGAGUAUCAGACAAGAUUUUGAUGAUGAGGCGAUUAACCAUGCUAUUGAAGAGCAUUGGCAUGAUAUUGAGAUAAGUAAUGAGAUAGAAAAUCUAAUUGAACCUCUUGUGGAAGGUAAAGGACCAAAAUCGAAGGCACCACUAAAAUCACAAGCAAAGAAACUGCCUGUAAGGAGAAACCCCCCUAAUAAUGAACCAGAUCAAUCACAAUCAAUUUAUGUCCCUCUCCCUACAUACUCAAAUGCACCACCCAUUAACCAAGAGAUCACUACUCCUUCUAGUUCAAACCUUUCACUUAACGCAGCCCUUGUUUUGCAUAAAAUACCUAAGAGUACUGCUGCUAGGAGAAGACUAUUAGGAUCCACCCAACCAAUAGCUCAAGUUAUUAGAAGAGAGAAAUUUCAUGAACAGCUUGAGCAAGUCCAAUCUACUAAUGUUGGUGGGGGAAGUGUGCAAGUGCAAUCUAAUGAUGUUGACGAGGGAAGUGGCCAAGGAAGUGAUCAAGUGCAACCUGCUAUGGUUGUACAACAACAUGAUUUUGUAGAUAAUGAUGAUUAUGUUCAUUAUGAUGAGCAGGAUAAUGGUGAUGAUCAGGAGAAUGAUGAUGAAUAUAUUGACAUGGUGCAUGAUAAUUAUGAUCCUUAUGAGGAUGACUUAUGGCAAAGAGAUAUGAAUAAUGAUGACAGCUAUUUUAGUAGAAUUUACAAAAAUGGAGAAUUUGUGGGGAUGUACAAUUUGGGAGUAUUGUGUUGAAGCCUUGGAUGAUAUUUAGUGACAAAGAGCAUUUAUGGUCGGUAUUGAGAGAUUACUGUAUACAGUGUGGUUUUGGUCUUAUUGUUGAUAAGUCUAGCCCUAGUAGGUUAACGGCUUCUUGUAUGGAUUUGCACUGUAAUUGGAGAAUUCAUUCAAGUAGGCUUCCCGAUGGGCAGACAUGGGCUAUUAAGAGCAUCAUGAACUCUGAACAUACUUGUAGAGGGUUAGAUGUAAUGAAUCCAUUAGUUAAUGUAAAGUGGGCUGCAGAGAAGUUAAUGGAUGAUAUUAGGGCAAACAAUGACAUUCCUGGUAAGUCCCUCAAUGAGUUGUUGUGGAAAAGAUAUGGGGUUCAAAUGGCCAUCAGCACGUUGUACAAAAUGAAGGGUGUUUCACUUAAAGAGAUAAAUGGAGGUUAUGAUGAGUCAUAUGGAUAUCUUCCUAAGUACUGUGAGAUGGUCAAGAUUACUAAUCCAGGAUCAGUAGCCUUUUGUGCAUGGACAGUAGAAGAACAUCCACAAAGAACGCUCACUUUUUCCAGCAUAUUCAUUUCAUUUAAGGGAGCAGUAGAUGGUAUUAAUGUAGGAUGCAUGAGUCUUGUUGGAGUUGAUGGAGCUCAUUUGAAGGGAAACUGGUGGUUUUAUCCGCAGUUGCCUUAGAUGGAAACAAUGAGCUCUUUCCAUUUGCAUGGGCUAUAGUGCCGGGAGAAGAUGGAGAUAGCUGGAAAUUCUUCAUGUUGCACUUGAAGGAGGUUCUAAAAACCUGUAACAGGGGUAAUGAUUGGUGCAUAAUAUCUGACAGACAGAAAGGAAUAGAUGUUGCACUAAAUGAAUUAUGGCUAGAGGCAGGGAGGAGAUAUUGUUGUUUGCACUUGCUUAAGAAUUGGAAAACUCCUUUCCCUGGACCGUUAAUGUAUUCCCUCUUUUGGUUAGCUUGCACUGCAACAUCUCCAUUUAGUUUCAAAAAAGCUAUGGAAAAGAUACAAAAAACAAACCAUUUGGCGUUACUUUGGUUGUCUAAGUUGGGAGAUCAGUCCAGGUGGUCGAGGCACAAGUUUGACCCAAAGAUAUGCACUGAUGAAAAUAAGACCAAUUUUGUGGAAAGUUUUAAUGCAACACUUGGUGUGGAUAGAUGCAGGCCUAUAUUGACAUUAUUAGAAGGAAUUAGAAGAAUGUGUAUGGUGAGGAUGUCCACUAGGAGACAGCAAUGUCAAGAAUGAAAUGAAAACGAGCCGUGUCCAAAUAUUGUCAAAAGAAUCCAGAAAUUAAUUUUUGACUCAAGGACUUGCAAGGCAUUUCAGAGCAGAGAAGGUGAAUAUGAGAUUAAAGAAGGGAAGGCUAUGCUUACUGUUUCACUAAAUAACAAGACUUGCCUUUGUGGUGCUUGGCAAAUCAGUGGUCUGCCAUGCAGACAUGCACUGAGGGCUAUCCUUGCUGCUGGCCAUAACACAUUCAAGUAUUGCAGUACCUGGUAUUCUGUUCAAGUGUACAAGCAAGCAUACGGAGCAUCGAUUAACUCCGUUCCAGAUUAUGAGCACUGGCCAGAGAUACUUCAUGUGUCUUGGAACGGCUGUCUAUUAGUGGCGUAAUAGUUGUUCUAAGUAUGUAAGUUGCAGAUAUAUUGAGCUUUGAUUUUUCUACUGUCCUACAUUUUGAUGUUAACAUUCAAUGGAUUAUAUAUUUAGGAUAUAUUCAGUCGAAAA